AUGAGCGAUUCGAGUCAGUCGCCGUUACGGUCUCCAGAAGACGAGGAGCUAUUGGCAAAGUCUUCUCGAAUACGACUAUGGGUUACAAAAAGAAUGAAAGAGGUGAGAUAAAGAGAGAGAGAGAGAGAAAAGUUUAAUCCUAUUACAUUUUUAGUUAUAUGGGUGCAUUGUGUAUGCAAUGAUGAUAACCGAAACUGUUCAGAAUCACAAUUUUAAUUCCAACACGUAUAGAUGAUGUUUGUUAGUGAAAGUAGCGAGGGAGGGUCAAUAAGCCAUAAUAAAUGAGAGAUAUUAGCAGUGUUCCAAUAGAAAACACAUAUUUUUCUAUUCAGAUGCAAAUUGUUUCCUUCCUUCUCUCCCGAACUAAAUCAUCACUUUUUUGUAUGCAUGUGGUUUUGCUCUCCCUGAAAACUGGGUUGUCCUAGGGCACGCAAACAAUGUCCAUGAAUGUAUUCGGGCUCUAGGUAUCAGGUUACCCACCGACAACAUUUCUUGACGUCUCCCUUCCUUCCGUCUCUUGCUUCUUAUUUCUUGACAAAGAUUCAGGUUGGACGUCUCCUUUAUUCAUUUUUUCCAAGAAGCCUCUAGACGUGUGUUGAGAAUAAUGAGCAACGAGUUGAAUUCGAAAUUGAGAAUUGCCUAAUUUCCGUCGGAGCUAGAGAGCUCACUGACUUCUCAGCAAAGAUUUGUUAUCCUUGUGCAUCUAACCCUUCCUUCACAAGAGAGUCUAUCUAUUCUUAUCGUGUAAUUCACUCUUCUUUGUUUACUACUGCCUUCUGGAACGGUUGGCAAUUGGACCAGCAGGAAAUCGGCUCAGUGGAGCUUGGAAAAUCAUUGAAAUACACUAAUUUCAAUAUUAAGAAUUCUCCAAUUCAAAUUUCUUCAAAAUGAUUUUCGCGCCUUCAACUAUCUCACCACAAAGUGUCAUUGUCUCGAUUUUGUGUCCUCCAAAAACCCACACACGCCGUCUUGUCUUCCUUAUUUUCUCAUUUAUCUUCAUUUACACCUUUUAAUCCUUUCUUCAUCUAUCCCACCUUUUUUUUUUGAAAUAUCUCGCUUACAACUAACAUUUCUUGAUUACGGUCAUUAUGAGGAGAAAACUGGUCAUCAACACACACACCCGUCUAUUAUCUUUUUGCGACAGAAAUUAAGCAGUUAUUAGUAGUUGUACAUACUUUCUUUCCCGAUUAUCCAGAACUCUUUCGUCGUAUAGUUGUCUAGUUUGUUAUUCUGAAUACUGAAUUCUGAAUUUUUGGGUACGUCUGAAUUUUAAAUUCUCAAUUCACAGUUGAAUUUUCCUAUCCCAGACGCAUCCUUUUUGCUCAGUAUAUUUACUAUUAAAAGUCAAUGAGUUAUCCGAAUUCUCAUCAGCUGAAAGCCUUCAAAGGCAUAAAUUUCGGAACUACUAUCCAAAAUGCAUGUGGUAGUGGUGCCUAGAGGCCUCCACAAAUCUUUUUCUGUUCUUGCAUGCUCCUGUCUACUCUCGUUCAAGGCGCAACCAACUUGGUCUGCAAAACGUUUUGGCAGUCUUUUUGCGUUUGAUGUGGUAACUAGUAAGUUAGUGAGUUUUGCGGAACAUUUAUGUCUAAGAGCGAUGUUUCCAUUUCAAAGGGUUCGUUUUAUUACCUCAUUGUUCUACGCUGAGAAUAUUUGGAAAAUUCCUACUUACAUAGAACUAAAUUUUUAUGAUUAGUUCAUUCACCCUCUACCGAAGCAGCGAAACUUUAGACGAAAUCGCUGUCAACCACUUCAAUCAGAAGUGUUCGUUCGUUUCCAAAUCAUCUCAGAUUUCUCCCACAUCUCCCACAUUCUCCUUCCUCCUUUCUUCCUUUCCUAUUCGAUUCGGCUCAGUCGUAUUGCGCACGUCGCACCGCUUCAACUUGCCCAUAAAACUUUGAGUGAAAGGCUGGCACAUCUGGACACGAAACGGGGCCCGGCACACAGUUGGUACCGUCGACAGACCACCUUUUUCCUCACUUUCUCUUUCUUUCUAUUUCCGUUCGCUACUCCUCAACUUUCACGAAUUCCGCCUCAUUGAUCAAAUUUUUGUUGGGCAUGCCUUCCUCUCUGGCAACUUCAUCAUGAAAAGAUGUUCUCUUCCACAUAAUCACAGAAACUUGUUUAGUGUCCGGAAAGCCACAAUGUCUUAUUAGUCAGGUAAGUCUCAGUGUCUGUUGGCAUUAGUGCCAUGUCAUAUCACCAUCUGAGUACACUGGUACCGAGGUUCCAAAGCGCAACGAUGACGCCGUCAAUCUCUCAUUUCUCUGUCACUUUCACUUCUAUUUCAAUUACUCGCUCAUCUAAAUCUCUUCUUUCAAAUUUUCACACAUCUCUGUAAAGCCCCUAUUAAUUUUGCUAUUAAUAUGAACUCUACUUCACACUUGAACUCGUUGCUAUUUUUCAAUUUUGAAAAAUUGCCCAUUUCGCAUUUCACAUCUCACAUUUUCUUAUGCAUUUUAAAUAGAGCGCUAGUGUCCACGGCCCGGAAACCACAAUAUCUCUAGAGAAUCGCAACAUUUCAUGGCUUCGAAGAGCAGUUUCCUUUUAUUUUCCCCAUACUUCUUUCUAGUGUUACUCUUAUUUAAUGUAAGUUAAACAUCGAAGUCUAGCUGGAGGACCUUUACCAGAACUUUUUGCUGCCCUGGGAAAUCGUAACGAAGUGUUCUGUUUUCCAAUGCGAAGCCAUCAAUCUUUGCUCGUCAAAUCCUUAAGCUAAUUAGCAAUUAGAACUUUUCUUCUCCCCCAAACUAUUCCAUCUUCCUCAGUUUUCCAGUUCAAAUUCAAUUUGUCUAUUGUAUCCGCUGCUGCUAUUUGCCUCCUCCUCCUUCGAAUCGUCCUAUUCGGAACUCACCCCUCUUGCCUCAUUUUUCAUGCCGCGUGGCUUCUUCGUCUUUCGUAAACCCUCGGUCUCUUUUUGUGGAUCACGACCACUAUUACUACUACACCCACCCGUUAGGCCUAGACUAAUUACGACAAAACAUGCUAAACAACAUUUUGGUGGUAUUUCACAGAGAAGACGAAUUUAUAAAUUUGUGUGGGUUGCAUUCUCAUCUUCUUCUAAAUGUUUGCAUGCGAAACAAAAAAAAAGAAGAGAGGAAACAGAUAAAAUUCAUUCCGUCGUCGCCGAGACCAAAGCCAUUCUAGAUGUGUUUAUGUAUUUUUCACCAUCUGCCUCCGAAUAUCGCACGGAUACCGGCUGCCAAAAAAAUGUUUUCUUGCGCAAAAACGACAUUUGUUCGCCGCUCUCCAAUUUUUCCGUCUAAUCCUUGUCAGCAUUCAGAAUCCCUUGGCAAAAAUAAAGAAAUGUCUCGGUGCCCCUGGGUCCGUUGCUUCUCCCAUCUAAACUUUGGGCAUCUUGACAAAUGGUUUCCCGUCUUUUCCUCUCUGAGCUCUUUCUCCUAUGUGCCACCAACACCACCCCACCAAAUACUUCGUCAAUCAUCCGUUUUUCCCGGGCGCUUGACUGCUCGAAAUCCUCGGCAAAAGUUGAAACAUCGGAGAGGGGGGCCCGGGGCACCUGCCUGAUAAUUAAUCGUCUUCCCAGCGAACCUCAGCCGCCGGCCAGAUACCUUUCUUCUCUCGUCUUUUUCUCUCGCCAUGCGUUCUGUGCAGUUUGUAAUUUCUUCUUUUUUCAGCUUGAGGAUCAAAACGAACGUCUUCGAACGCAGAAUUUGCGGUGCACGACUCAACUCCAGAUGCUUCGAAGUUUCACCGAAAAGUCUCGAAAGAUCAAAGCCGAAAUGGAGAUGAGCCGGAGCAUCACAGGCACUCUUCCAGUGCUCCACGACGAUAAUCGAACUUCUGACGAUAGUGGCCUGACUUCAGAUGAUGCGGAUAGAAAGCAGAUGAGCGUCAGCAUUUCCGAAUGUACUCCAAGGGUGCAGAGAAAAGCCCGUGAGUCUAACUUUUAAAGUUUAUCAUCAAUACCGUUGGUAUUUGUUGCAGCCAGGACAAUAAUAAAGAAUAACUCGCAAGGCUCUUCUAGCUCUGAAUCGUCUCCAUGUGAAGACGAACCGAAGCCAAUGCCACUGCCUAGAAGGAUUCAUCCAACUACGGUAGGCUGCUUUGCUUGCGCAAAAAAUUUGUAUCUUUUUUCCAGACUGAAAGAGAUAGUUUGAAUUCUUAUGCGGAAGACUACGAAUAUGACAUAGAAGAGUCAUCUUUCGAGCGCACGGAAGAGAACGGAAGGACUCAAAACGAAAAGUAUGCAGACUAUGUUAACUUACACGAAUUCGUGGCUAUCAAAGACGAUAAGGUCGUGUAUUCGGAAAUCGUAAAACACAGAUCCGUUGACAAGGAGAUUCUGCCAACUCCACCGUCUCAUCAGCCAAAACUCUGGGAGACUCGGCUCAUUCAGGAUGCUGAAAAAUGUCUGUCCAUCAUAGACGGAACAGAUUCCGAAGGCACUUCUACGGGGCCAGCCGUUUCUCCAUACCAUGUUUCGAACGUCUCCAGAGUCUCCUCGCACAAUCGAACCGAAUCUCCUGGCUCCAGAAAGUCAUCGAAGAUAUCGCGCAACUCGUCUCCACGUGUACCGUCGCAUCACUCUUACGAAGAAGGAACGGCUUACGCUAUCAGAGAUCUGUGUCUUGGAAGUGAUUACUACACGCCACCAGAUGCCUCUUCGCGAUACUCUGGAGGAACUCCGAAUUCGCGGACUUCGCUCAUUCCGUCUAGAGAAACGAUGGAAAAGGCGGGUUACUGGACACAUCUGACUGAUAGUCGAAUCAAAUCGCUUAAAAGAAGAUACGUAGUGCUCCGAAAUGGACAACUCAGUUUUUAUAAGGUAAGACAAUGAGGGUGGAGUUUCUUGAAAAAAUAUUUAUUUAGAAACACGGAAGCAAAGACGAGGACCCUUCGACAAGAAUCAACGUCGCCGACAUUCGAUCCGUAACAAAGAUUGAACAACAGGGAGCAGCCUACGCCUUCCAACUCGUCACGGCAACUGAUAAGAUUAACUUUAUGACUGAAAGUGAGAAGACUACUCAUGAAUGGGUCAGUAUAAUCUCGGCUGCGAUAAAAGCGACAACUCUUCGGGAGAUGGCCAGCAGAGUCACUCCAAUCGAUGCUGCAAUAAGCGGAUGGAUGACUCGAGUCAAGUGUGGACACUCAAAGAAAGUAUUCGCAGCUCUCGUCAACCAGAAACUCAUGUUUUUCAAAAAUUCAACUGAUCUGGUGCCCAAUGGAUUCCUCUGCCUUCAAGGAGCUCAGAUCAGUGAGAAACAUGACGGAGCCGAAGAGUACUCAGGAAGCAGUGAUGAGCAACUGGAGAUCACGCGAGAUCAUCCGAAUCAAAGAAAGAACAACGACAGUUUAUGUGUGCAAAUAGCUAAUGAAGACCCUGUUUACUUGGUGCUCCGAACUUCUGAAGAGAAAGAGAAGUGGAUGUACUUCUUGAAGGCUACUAGUGGAACUGCAGCUCUGUGGGGAACUCCAUUCGAGAUUCUGAUACAGAGAAUGAUGGCUGAGAAUGUCGCCAACGAUUCACCGCUCUGGAAAGAUCUUCUCUUCACUUCUGGCGAAGAAAUUCCAAAGGACACGAUGACCUCUGUGGACCCCAGCGAGCGGAAAAAGACAUUGGAAAUUUCAAAAGCUUGUCAACUUUUUGUUUCCGUUUUGAUGCGUCCUCAGGCAACCCAAUAUCAUAUUGACUUGGCUCAGAACAUUUUGUCAACUGCCGUUCAACAAGAGUUCUUGAAAAAUGAGGUGUACUCUCAGUUGAUCAAGCUGACUAGUGGGACUAUGCCAUUUGGACUGCAAGGAUGGAAGCUUUUAGCUUUGGCAAUUCCCUUGUUUCUUCCCAAACAAUACUCACUUCUUUGGCUUCUAAAGCGACAUAUCUCAAGAUGGACCGAAUUACCGUUAGUUUCAUUAAUUGUUGUUAUCUGCUUUUAAUUCUGUUGAUUGUUUUUUAGGAACGAGUCGGACGAGGGCCGGAUGGCAAUUUUCUGCGAAAGCGCCUUGGAACGAUGCUUGCGUGUUGGAGGGAGACAAGAAGGACCGAGCCGUCUGGAAGUGACCUCAAUUCUCACACGAGACGUCACAAGAACAAAGUUCCCGCACUCUAUUUCUGUAAAGCUGCCCAAUUCUGAGUACCAGAUUGUCGAGUUCGAUGGAUCUACGGAAAUUGGUCAGUGUCUGUCAUCCCUCUGUUUGAAACUUGGAAUGCGUCCCGCCCUUCUCUCUGGUUAUGCCCUUUACAUGGACGAUCCACUAACGCACUGUCUUCUGCUUCUCAAAGGCAAACAAAAGCUCUGUGAUGCUCUUUCAACCUGGGAAAGCCGAUCGAGAGAUGCUCAUAGGGGUAGAGUCAUCUCAGACUGUGCCGCUGCACUUUCUCUUCGAAUGAGACAUUACUGGUCGCACUUGACAUCAACGGAGACUCCAAUUGAACGCCAGUUUUUGGUCUGGAGAGCUGCUGAGGAGAUUGUAAAAGGAAGGAUUCCACUGAGCAACCAGCUCUGCGAGAGUCUGGCUGCACUUUACGCACAGAUGGCGUUCGGAGACGUGCCGCCGCAUCACAUAUCUGAUCAACAGUUUGAGUUUAUCAGCCAAAGGUUCUACCCGACUAAAAUGCUCGACGUGGCAUGUAUCAAAAGUUUAAGGUAGGAUGAGGUUGAAAACUGUUUUCCACUAUUGCUUUUUGAAGACUCCAAAUCAACUCCAACUGGUGUGAACUGGUGGGAAUGAGUGAGCACGAGUGUGUUCGGGUAAUCCUCCAAGUGCUCUGCAAGUGGCCUCUUUUCGGAGCGGAUCUUCAUGAAGCUUCAAUGAGAACGGAGAACGAGCGAAACAUUUAUUUGGCUUUGAACGAUCAUUCCGUUAAUCUCAUUGACAGAAGACAUUUUGUAAGUGGAAUAGUAGCUGAGCAUCAUAACAUUUUUCUGUUCAGGAUAUAAUCCGUUCCAUCCCAUACAGCAGUCUCUCUACGUUCGGCCAGUUCCAGCAAGACUUUAUGCUCACUGUGAUUCGUCCAUUAACUCCUGGUGCCCAUCCGGAAGAAGCUCCAAAAGAACGACUCACUUUUUCGAUGAACAAGAACGAAAUCGAACAGCUGACGCUGCACCUCGCAGAGUACAUUCGUUGCCAGAAACUGGUUUGGAAAGUUUCAAAAUGA